UAGCGAGUGGUUUGUUCUUAGGGUGACAGAGAAGGAAACCUGCUCCCCAUCUGAUAAGACACCGUGCAGAGGGGACGUGUGCUAUUUCUUAGGGACACAGCUGAUCUCCAGAUAUGGCCAUGUAUUUGUGGCUCAAACUUCUGGCCUUUGGCUUUGCCUUUCUGGACACAGAAGUGUUUGUUACAGGGCAAGCUACUAUAUCCAGUAAUGGUGGCAACCUUAUAACCACUGCAUCAUCCACUCUGGGCCUUACAACCACUGACGUUCCAAGCACAAUAGCUAUCACUCCAACCAAGCCAACAUGUGAUGAAAAAUUUGGGAACAUUACUGUGCAUUACCACUAUAACAGUAAUAAUCAGCUUUUUGAGGCAGAGCUAAAAGGUGACAAAACCCACAAAAACUCAUGUGAAAUUGUGGAUUGCAAAGAACUUAAAAAUCUAAAAGGAUGCUCACGGAAAAAAUUCAACAUGUCAGAUAGUUCAUGUACUCCAGCUAAAAUGAUAGAGUUAGAUGUACCACCAGGGCGUGAGAACUUUACCCUGAAGAACUGCACAGAGCCAGUAAAAGCUGAUACUACAAUUUGUUUGAAGUGGGAAGCAAACUACUUCAACUGUGAGAGCAGAAAACUUUCAUACAGAUUCCACUGUGAUAAUGGUCUUUCAAGCGACUCUUCAAUAAUUGAGCUUACAGGUCUUACACCCCAAAGAACUUACAAUUGUGUUGCAGAAAUCCUCUAUAAUAACGCAAUAAUUUUCCAAGAAAAUAAAUCUGUGGAGACAGAUUUGGGGACUCCAGAGAAGCCCCAAAACUUUUCGUGUGGGAGUAUAGAGAAGAACAAAACAUUAGUUACCUGGAAUCACCCUUCAACUUUACUCCAUGGUUAUUAUUUAUGUUCCAAUAAGACCAAUUCAGAAAAAUGUGAAGAGGUGGCAAAGAAUGAAAACAAGUCUGAAGUGAACGCCCUGAAACCUUACACAUACUAUCAUGUGUCACUCUAUGCCUAUGUCAAAGGGCAAGUGCAACGUAAUGGGACUGCUGAGCAAUGCUUCUUCCAGACAAAAGCAGCUGCGCCAAGCAAGGUCAAAAACUUGAGAGUCACCCGGAAACAACAAAAUGUUAUAAAUGUCAUAUGUGAGCCUCCUAGUGAAAUUAAUGGCCCUGGAAAAUCUUACAUUUUGGAAGUCAAAAGUGGAGAUACUUUAUUUAAGAAAUUCAAGCACCCCACAUGCAAAUUUGAAGUAGAUAAUCUCCACUAUUCAACUGACUAUACAUUUCUGGUAUCUUUUGACAAUGGAAUACAUGAGGGAGAGGCAGUUGCUCAAAAUCAAUCAACAUCUUAUAAUGCUAAAGCACUGAUUAUAUUCCUGGUGUUUCUGAUUAUUGUGACAUCAAUAGCCCUGCUUGUUGUUCUGUAUAAAAUCUAUGAUCUGCGCAAGAAAAGAUCCAGCAAUUUAGAUGAACAACAGGAACUUGUUGAAAGGGAUGAUGAAAAGCAACUGAUGGAUGUGGAGCCGAUUCACGCUGACAUUUUGUUGGAAACAUAUAAAAGAAAGAUUGCUGAUGAGGGUAGACUUUUUCUGGCUGAAUUUCAGAGCAUUCCACGGGUAUUCAGCAAGUUUUCUAUCAAAGAUGCCCGAAAGCCCCACAACCAGAAUAAAAACCGUUACGUUGACAUCCUUCCCUAUGAUUAUAACCGGGUUGAACUCUCUGACAUAAACGGAGAUGCAGGGUCCACCUACAUAAAUGCCAGCUACAUUGAUGGCUUCAAGGAACCAAGGAAAUACAUUGCUGCACAAGGACCCCGGGAUGAAACGGUCGAUGACUUCUGGAGGAUGAUCUGGGAACAAAAAGCCACAGUUAUUGUCAUGGUCACACGAUGUGAAGAAGGAAACAGGAACAAGUGUGCAGAAUACUGGCCAUGCAUGGAGGAAGGCACCCGGGCUUACAGAGAUGUUGUUGUGAAGAUCAAUGAACACAAAAGAUGUCCCGAUUACAUCAUUCAGAAGCUGAUCAUCACACAUAAAAAAGAGAAAGCAACUGGAAGAGAUGUGACUCAUAUUCAGUUUACCAGCUGGCCAGACCAUGGGGUUCCUGAAGACCCCCACCUGCUCCUCAAACUUCGAAGGAGGGUUAAUGCUUUCAGUAACUUCUUCAGUGGUCCUAUUGUGGUGCAUUGCAGUGCUGGUGUUGGGCGCACAGGCACCUACAUUGGAAUUGAUGCCAUGCUGGAAGGCUUGGAAGCAGAGGGCAAAGUGGAUGUCUAUGGUUAUGUCGUCAAGCUAAGGCGACAGAGAUGUCUGAUGGUACAAGUGGAGGCACAAUAUAUCUUGAUCCAUCAAGCAUUAGUGGAAUACAAUCAGUUUGGGGAAACAGAAGUGAACUUGUCUGAGUUACAUUCAUGUCUACAGAACAUGAAGAAGAGAGAUCCACCCAGUGACCCCUCUCCUCUGGAGGCUGAAUUCCAGAGACUUCCCUCAUACAGGAGCUGGAGGACACAGCACAUUGGAAAUCAAGAGGAAAACAAAAAGAAAAACAGGAAUUCUAAUGUUGUUCCAUAUGACUUUAACAGAGUGCCACUUAAGCAUGAGCUGGAGAUGAGCAAAGAGAGUGAACCUGAAUCAGAGGAGUCUUCUGAUGAUGACAGUGACUCAGAGGAAACCAGCAAAUACAUCAAUGCAUCAUUUGUGAUGAGUUACUGGAAACCUGAAAUGAUGAUCGCCACUCAGGGGCCACUGAAAGAGACUGUUGGUGACUUCUGGCAGAUGAUAUUCCAAAGAAAGGUCAAGGUUAUUGUGAUGUUGACAGAGUUAACAAAUGGAGACCAGGAAGUCUGUGCUCAAUACUGGGGAGAAGGAAAGCAGACAUACGGAGACCUGGAAGUAGUGAUGAAAGACACCAACAAGUCCCCAGCCUAUGUUCUCCGUACAUUUGAACUGAGACAUUCUAAGAGGAAGGAGCCCAGAACUGUGCACCAGUACCAGUGUACUAUGUGGAGUGCGGAAGAGCUUCCUGCAGAACCCAAAGAACUGGUGUCUAUGAUUCAGAACCUCAAGCAGAAGCUUCCCAAGAAUUGCCCUGAAGGGAUGAAGUAUCACAAGCAUGCACCGAUCCUGGUCCACUGCAGAGAUGGAUCCCAGCAGACAGGGUUGUUUUGUGCUUUGUUCAAUCUUCUGGAAAGUGCAGAAACAGAAGAAGUGGUUGAUGUUUUUCAAGUGGUAAAAUCUCUACGCAAAGCACGGCCAGGGAUGGUGUGCACCUAUGAGCAAUACCAGUUCCUUUACGAUGUCAUUGCCAGCACCUAUCCUGUCCAGAAUGGACAAGUGAAGAAAACCAACAGCCAAGACAAAAUUGAAUUUCAUAACGAAGUGGAUGAAGCCAAGCAGGAUGCUAACUGUGUCCAUCCAGCUGGUGCUCUGAACAAAACUCAGGAAGAAAGCAGAGCUACAGGAGCUUCUGAGCCCACCAGUGGUACUGAGGAGCCAGAACAUUCUGCCAAUGGUCCUGUGAGCCCAGCCCUAACUCAGAGUUCAUAGGAAAGGGCUCAAGAGGGACAGCUCAAAAUCUCAAGUUAGUUGUUUCUAUUUUUCUAGAACUAGUGAAAGAAGAUGGCUGUGCAGUGGUUCAUGGAGUCUGUGUCCAACCUUGCCACUGUAGAAAACUAUUUAAAAUUGUCAAAAUGUUUUGUACAGUUUUAUGCUUAUUUUUAAAAUGUAUCUAUCAUUCAGCAAGAAUGUGUGUG